ACGCUGGCCAUGGGGCUGAUGACGGGGACGAUCGCCAGCAUGUACCGGACUAACGCUGUCCUGAUUGCCAUGCUUAUCACCGCCAUCGUGGCCAUCAUUGUCACUAUCUUCUGCUUCCAGACCAAGGUUGAUUUUACAUCUUGUCCGGGGCUCUUCUGCGUGCUGGGCAUCGUGGUCAUGGUGACCGGGAUCGUCACUGUCAUCGUCCUCUCCUUCAGAUAUGUUCCCUGGCUCCACAUGCUGUACGCGGCCAUCGGCGCCAUUGCCUUCACCCUGUUCCUUGCCUAUGACACCCAACUUGUGCUGGGGAACAGGAAGAACACACUGAGCCCCGAGGAGUACGUCUACGGUGCCCUCACCAUCUACACCGACAUCGUCUACAUCUUCACCUUCAUCCUGCAGAUCGUGGGCCGGGAUUAG